AUUGGGAGCAUUCAGGUAACGACUGGAAUGAAGAGGCGUGUCUACAGUGCGGGGGCGGGGCUACACGCUCUCAUCUGAAAAGCCACUAUUAUACUGUAGAGACUUGAAGGGACUCACAGGUGUACAGUAAUACACUACAGCAAUGUGAUGGCAUACGAGUCGAGUGUAAUGUAAGAAUCCCCACCGACGCUUGUGCAGUGUUUGACGCUCAGUGACAUGACAUGGACGGCGGAGUGUCUCACUGAAAGCAGAUGAAUUGAAGAACGAUGUCGGACCAGGGUUAUGGCUUAUCUUUAUCAGCUGCGCCCCCGCUUCGCAGGGGCAGCACCCCCCUGCCAAUCAAGCAUCAGCUGAGGCGAGAGGAAGCUGUGUCUGAGGAUUAUGAUUGGACGCCAGGACUCGAUGAGCCUGCUACUCCGCAAAUCAGCGUCAGCACUAUCCAAGAUUCUCCUUCACCGAAACCGCAGCAGCAAAAGUACCACGGACCCCUUCGGAUAGUACUACUGGGCCAAAACGGAGUGGGCAAAUCCUCUCUAGCACUUUGCCUUGCUGGACUGUCAGACAGAUCACUCUCUAUAGACUCUGAAACCCAAGCAACCGAUGAGGGUUACCAGCGGCGAGUGACCGUGGAUGAUGAGGACAGCACAAUUUUAGUAUAUGACAACUGGAAACAGGAGCUGUCCACUCUGCAGUGUGAGGUGUGCAUCCUGGUGUUCUCGUUGACGGACAGGCGUAGCUUCCACCGGAUUGCUCAGCUCCGCCUACUGUUGAGGGAGUCGCUGCCGCACACUCCCAUCAUCCUAGUGGGCAACAAGAGUGACCUUGUGCGCUCCCGUGAGAUCAGCACAGAGGAGGCACACUCCAGCGCAAUGAUGUUUGGCUGCCUGUAUCUGGAGCUCUCCGUCUCUCUGGACCACCGCACUAAUGACCUGUUAGAAGCGGCUGUGAGAGCGGCCCGGGGCCACAACCUGGGGCCCGGCUGGACGGAGGGGUCCCCCACGACAGCCCGCCGAGAGAGCUUGACCAGCAGGGCCAAGCGCUUUCUUUCAGGGCUCGUUCCACACUCCCGCCUCGGUCGAGACCGGGAGGGCGGGAGAGACAGAGACCUCAGCAGACACAGAGGAAGUAGGAUGCUCAGGCAGAAAUCACGUUCUUGUCACGACUUUAGCGCUCUAAUGUAACCGAAAACGACUGAGAGAGAGAAGGUGUUAAAGGAGGUUAGAACAGAAAUUGAAGAACUGGAUGAAAGAUUGACAGGUGAGGAGAUAAGACCACUUCACAGAGGAGAUAAUUCUCCAGAGAUAUUACCUAAACUAGUAUGUGUGAAAUUAGUUGUUUAUACCAGUCUCUCAGUCAUUGAACUUGACAAUGGUGCAGCGAAACCAAGCAGUGUAUAAACUAUCCUGACAGAAUAUGACCUUUGAGGUUGGGAGAGGCCUGUAAACAGACAGACCCACGUAAAUAUAGCACUGGAUUUCAGUAUAAUGAGUGGAUCAUGCUGGCUGUUGCAGGCUGUUAGUGAUAGAGUAGCUCCUGUAGUAGAAGCAUGCUAGCACGGCACAGAUGCAGAACUGUAGUAUAAGACCUGUCAUUUAAAAAAAAUAAAAAAUUAAAAAAGAGAUACUUUAGUUAAUGCAUGGAUUUAGCAUUUUAGCUUUUCUCACUCUACCUGCACAGAAAUUGCAUAUUUUCAGGUUUAGGUGAACCAAAUAAAGUGAUUUAAACUGAAGCAUUUAUUGAAAAACUUAUAUUGGUUGAUAGGGCUGCACGAUAUUGGGAUAUUUUGUUUUUCCACUGUAUGAAAAAAAUCACUAGAUAAUUUGAAUAGCUAUAUUUGGAAAGAAAGAAUAAUUGUAAAAUGAUUAGGCUGAUUUUGUUGAGGAGUGCAUUUGCUUUAAAAAAGAAAAAAAAAAAAGAAAAAUUAAAAUGCUGAAAAUUUACUUUUUACCCCGAAGACUCCCAACCCCCCCCCCCGCGUGUAAACCAUCAGAUUUGAGAAAAAUUUAAAGAUUUCGGUGUACUCUUUAGUUUUCAUAGGUCAUAUUCCCACUGUUGUUGACCCAUUUAAUCUGAUUAUAAAAUAACAAUAAUUUAGAUUUAUUGUGGUUAUUAUUAAAUAAAAGUGUUAAAAUAAAAACUCUAGAAUUUAAUUAAAAAUAAUUGUAUAAUGACUAAAAUUACCAUGCUAAUAUUUAAUUAGCUUCUUCAUUUUAAACUAUAUUUAAAUAUAAUUCGUAGUAUGACUGUAAAAUUACAAUGCUAAUAUUUUAAUAAUUUCUUCCUUUUAAACUAUACUUACAGUAAAUACACUAUCUUUAAUAAAUAGUUUAAUAUGCUUAAUAUUUUAAACUAAAAAUAUCAAGCUUUUAUUUUGGUGGAUGACACAGUGUUGUGCUUCACUCUGAAACAUGCAGCGCAUAUAUUUAUUAAAUUAAAUCAAAGUCCUGGCGAUUUGAUAAUACUGAUUACAAUUAUUUCAAUAUACCGUGUAGUCCUAGUGGUCAACUACUAAUCUGAAUAAGGUCAAUGGUGGUUAUGGCUUUGAGAAAACAUUGUGUCCCAACCAGAUUUAGUGUCAUGUAGCCUGGCAUGUCCAGAAGAAAAGAAAAUCUAACUAUCAAUGUAAAGUUUAUUUGUUCAGAUUAUACUGUAAUAGUAGACUGCUAUGUAAAAAUGGCAAAUAACAGAAAAAAUAGUAGAAUAUGUGUUAAAACUUUGAUCUCUUUUUUUUUUUUUUUUUGAGGGCAGUGAUCAAGAACAACGCUCUUGAGGAUCUGUUGUUCAUUUGAUGCCACUAACCUGGAAAAUCUUUGCAGAUCCAGUGAUUAGUUCCUCCUCAAAAGCACUCGUUGGUGCUUUGUAAUUUGCUUUAAUUUUAAUCACAGUAUCAAAGCCAGUGUGAAGAUACUUGAUGUUUUAGACACAUUUUUAUGGAACCAAUGAGAUCUCAUUGUGGGCUGGGCUAUUUGGCUUUACAGCAUAGAAAUUAAAACCAAGCAACUGAUAAAAUAUUGCUUUAUGCUAUCACAUCUGGCAAGGACAUGGUGCUAAUCACAAUGUGAACCAAACUUAUGACAAUUCCUCUUUCAGAGAAAAUGUUCUUGAUGUACAAUGUUCAGUGAUGCACAUCAGGUUUAUUGGCUAACCUCAUGCAAACCAUGGAUGUUUUUGACCCCCGAGUGAGGAUGUGUAUGGCACCCAAGAAAUUUGCUUUGAGACUAAUCACAAAGCAUUGUGCAACAUAUGGCGCUGAAUCAGCACAGAACUGUGGAGGAAUGGUAAUGAUAUUCACAUGUUUUUUUUAUUUUUAUUUUUUAAUUGUUCUAGUAUAAACAGCCAGCCAGUUGCGGUAAUUGUGAAUUCUACCUUCAAGGGUCUUGUUAACAAGCGGAAUAAGCACUUGCUAAAAUAGUUUUCAUAUGCAGUUUCUUUAACGUGAUGAACGAUUUGAAGUGAAAAAGUGGCGUACAGCUGAUUUAACAUCCUUUAGAAAACACAUACUCCUGGUUUGUGGUUGGAAUUAAUUGGCUUGUCGUAAAUUUGGAGAACAGGAAGAAAAUACUCAAACAUAAGCAAUGUUUGUGAUUAGGUACUGAUGAUUUUCUCCCUCAAACAAUUAUUAGUGAAAUGUAAUCUUUGACGCACAGUAAUGACUUCAGUCAAUCAGGCCUAAAGUACAUACUCAGAUAUUCACCUACUGUAUAAUGAAGUCUUAACCAUAGGGAGGCCCGCCGAGAGCAUAAUCACAUACUAAUUGAUUGUUUUAAGAUGUAAUGGGACAUUUUGCAAUAUAACAGCAAAAUGUUGUUGUUCUUCUGAUAUUAACAUCGAUUUUUUUUAAACUCUUAAUUAUGUGCACUCAUAAUUAAACACAGACCUGUUAUUUAAUGAGCCUAAAAUAAGAAAACAGGCAAUAUUAGGCAAUCAGUGUUGGCAGGGAAAGCAGAUUGGUCUGUAGAGAGCGCUUUGAUAAACUCCCUUGAGUCAGACAGGGCAGACUCUAGAGAAUAUGUACAUACCGUUGAACUAAUUUGACACCUCUAUAAUGAAAGCAAGCCAUCUUCACACUCAAUUCUGUAUGACAAGUGAAUAAACCGGCUGUCUCUUAUUUUCCUUUAUACGGGUCAAUUGUAAUAUAUAGUAUUUGGAAUUUAGUUGCACGCAGCUGAAUGCAAGUCUCAGAGAUUGAAAAGACACUUUCAACCAACGCCAUAAAACCCUGGGUUCAGGUUAAAACUGUACUUUAAAUUUCCUCUCACCUCACUUUCCUAAAUGACUUGUCACCAAAAAGGACCAGAUGUUAGGACAAGCAAUAUUGAGAAUGGCACACUUUGUCAUAUAGUCUUAAAGCAUGUAAUGUCUUUUUCUCAUGUUGUCUUUAUCAUGAGAGACUUACUGUGAUUUCACCAAAUAGGACUGGUUGAUAGUGAUUGGUUGAUAGGAAUUUUGGUAAUUUCAAACAAUAUAUUAGUUUAGACCCUUUCAUAUGACUUGCAUCAGGGCUUCAAAACAAGCGUUAUAAGCCGCUUUGACAUAAGAAGUGUGGCAGAAAGCAUCACGGACAGUGUACUUAGAUCUGUAAGUGAGAUCUUAGGGUGCCAAUGAAAAAAAAAAAAAAAAAAACGGGUAAAAAAUUAAUGGAAAAAACUAACCAUUUAAAAUGCAUAUACUUAAAGUCUUGACAUUUUAUUCAAUUGCUUUGUACUUUAAAAGGCUUCUAGGGAUGCAGAAAUCACUGAGAUUCUUGUACCUGCAAGUCUGGCUAUAAUUGUCAAAGCUUUGAAAGGUCCGCUAACAAGGUCAAAAUUGAAAUUGUGUGAACUCUGAGCACCACUGAUACUUCACUCCAUAGAGUUCAGUGCAUUGAGUAACACUAAUGCAAAUAGUUUGACAGGGUUUGAACAUCAUUCUUAUCAACCCAUCAUUUGCCUCUGAGUUAAUGGUUAGGCUUAGAACUAUGUUUGUUUGUUUAACAAUAAUGUUCUGUAAAUUGUUGUAGCCUUAUUGUGAGGGUUACCACAAAUUACAUCCAUUAGGUGAUAGGGCUGAAGCUGUAUGAGUGUUUGAGGAUGAUAUCAUAUUUUGAGCCAUAAGAGGAGACAAAUAGCCCACAGAAAUGGUCAGGUUUUGUUCUGUUUUCACCUCACAUUUUAGACCCGUCAACACAUGAUCUCAUGAAAUCCACUGAAUAUGCCAUAGGACCAAGCAUUUCUGUGGGGGCUGGCCACACAGGCUUAUGCAACAACAACGUAAACACAACGUUCUGGAAACGUUCUGAGGUCAAACAUGGCAGCACCAUUGACUUGCAUCUCACUAUUGAUGAAUGUCAUCCACUAUGUCUUUGAAAAUGAGAGAAUAAAGACAAUUUGUUAUGAUA